UUCUAAGUUUACUGCAAUCUCUGCACAGGGGGAGGGAGAGAGAGGGGGGGGGGGGGGGAGAGAGAGACAGAGAUUACCAACAUGAGAGCAGGUAGAGAGUUUAGGGCAAGACUCCUUCCAGCUUCAACAACUGGCUUGGUCCUGUGAUGUGUGUCGCUGUGGACAGUGGAAUAAAUCCAUAUGCUCAGUGAAAGCAGCCAGAGGAAUUUGGGCAACACAGAGAAAAUCAAAUAUGAUGAAGAACGAAGAAAUGAAUUUUAACAUGGACACUACCCGAGCCCCUCCCUUCUCCCGCUGCCUGCAGCCGCUGAGCCCUGUCACAAAGCCACAGAGAACAACUCCUUUUGGUGAAGAAUUUAGACCGCACCUCUCACAUUUCCGCUAUGGCCCUCCUCCUCUUGGAGACAUGGAAACAUUCCAGGGAUCCUUGGAAGGAGGGUCGCGGAAACGCAAGAGCAUGCCAACAAAAAUGCCUCCUUCUAUUGCCCUUGAAGGUUCCUCAUCACCACCAGAUAGACCUGAAGAUCACAAUGACAUAGGGCCUUCCAGUAUCCCCCUGGUGUUCCAACAGCCAACACAGCCAAAGUACAGUUCUCAGAUGAUUGAUCUCUGCAACUUUGGUUUCCAGUUCUACAGAACUCUGGAGCACUUUGGAGCCAAACCCAUUAAGCAAGAACCAGUGAAGUCUAACAUGUCAUGGCCCAGUAGCCCAGCAUUCAUGCGGGCUCCUUACCCCUAUUAUCCUAAAGUCCACCCUGGAUUAAUGUUUCCUUUUAUUGUGCCACCAAACUUUCAUUUCAGGAACCCCUUUCAGAUGAAAAGACCUCCAGAUCCACCCUUCAGGAAGGCUGAAGUAAGAGAAAGUGGUGAAAAUAAACAGAAGGUGGAAAGAGUAGAUGUCAACCUUCAGAUAGAUGACAGUUACUAUGUUGAUGUGGGGGGUGAACAAAAACGCUGGCAAUGUCCCAUGUGUGAGAAGUCCUAUACAUCCAAGUACAAUUUGGUCACCCAUAUCUUGGGGCACAGCGGCAUUAAGCCACAUGCUUGCAACCGAUGUGGCAAGCUUUUCAAGCAGCUGAGCCACCUGCACACACACAUGUUGACACACCAAGGCACUCGGCCACAUAAGUGCCAGGUGUGCCACAAGGCUUUCACUCAAACGAGUCACCUUAAAAGACACAUGAUGCAACACAGUGACAUCAAGCCUUACAACUGCAGGAUCUGUGGCAGAGGUUUUGCCUACCCCAGUGAGCUGAAAGCACAUGAGUCUAAGCACGAGAGUGGCCGAGAAAACAUCUGUGUGGAGUGCGGUCUGGAUUUCCCAACCCUGGCCCAGCUGAAGAGACACUUAACAACCCACCGUGGCCCUAUACAGUACAAUUGCACUGAAUGUGAUAAGACCUUCCAGUACCCGAGUCAGCUGCAAAACCACAUGAUGAAGCACAAAGACAUCCGCCCUUACAUCUGCACUGAAUGUGGCAUGGAGUUUGUGCAGCCCCACCAUCUCAAACAACACUCCCUAACUCACAAGGGUGUGAAAGAGCACAAAUGUGGAAUUUGUGGCCGGGAAUUUACUCUGCUGGCCAACAUGAAACGACAUGUCCUGAUCCACACCAAUAUCAGAGCCUAUCAGUGCCAUUUGUGCUUCAAGAGCUUUGUGCAAAAGCAGACUCUCAAGGCCCACAUGAUUGUUCACUCUGAUGUCAAACCUUUUAAAUGCAAGCUGUGUGGAAAGGAAUUUAACAGGAUGCACAAUUUAAUGGGACACAUGCACUUGCACUCAGACAGUAAGCCUUUCAAGUGCCUCUACUGUCCCAGCAAAUUCACCUUGAAGGGGAACCUAACCAGGCACAUGAAAGUCAAACAUGGAGUCAUGGAAAGAGGAUUUCAUUCUCAAGGUUUUGGAAGAGGAAGAAUUGCUCUGUCCCAGACAAAUGUCUUGAGAAGCUUGGAACAGGAAGAGCCCUUUGAUCUUUCCCAGAAAAGCCAAGGGAAGGGAAUCUCGUUUCAUUCGGAUGGCGAGAGUGCCAAGGGGAGUUCAUGCCAGGAAGAAGAGGAAGACAACUGCUAUGAGACAGAGCGGUACAGCCCUCCCAUGUACCACCACGACAACAACAAGCUGUAUGUGGCUCAAGAUCUGUCUGGCAAACCCGAGUGCAUGAUGAAUGACUUCAGAGAAUCCUACUGUAAUGAGAAGGAAGAAGUGCUAAGUGAGGGAGGACUGGAGAAAAGAAUUGGAAAUUCAGACAAACAGGAGAGAAAAGGAGAGAGAGACCAUGCAAACAACAAAGAAUGCCUCAGCUUUAGAUCCUUUGAAAAGGCCAGAAUUGGCCAGUCUCUCUCUGAUUACUUGUAUUUCAAGCACAAGAACAAGAGUUUGAAAGAAUUGCUGGAAAGAAAAAUGGAAAAACAAACAAUGCUUAUAGGCAUUUAAAAUGGACAUUUUAAAUAAGCUGGAAAAUGGGGAUCAGAUAGCUUUUACAUGAACUGUAAUUUACCAAAGCCUGGAAGUUCAUAGUAGUCUUUAGAAAUAAACAAGCAAAAUUAAUAAAAUAAUUUAAGGUAAAACACGUACAUUAAAAGAAUAAAACAGUCCAAGGUGAUCAAGAAAUGCAAUAGAUAUUGGCCAAUAACAUUUUUAUACUUAUCCAUUUGAUGUAUAAGCAGACAAUAGGGUAGGUGUAGAGGUUUAUUUUCUUUUAUCUGGGGUGAUAGUGACUUAUACGCAAUUUUCUAGUUAUCAAAAAAACAACAUACUUUAGCAUUUGACUUAUUAUCUGACUAAAUAUAUAGGAACAUUUCUAACUAUAUGACUCAAAAAAAAAAUCUGAAAAUACUAAGUAUUUCACAGUGUAAGCAAGAGUAUUAUUAAGCAUGGUGUGUAUGAAAGUGCUGUCACUCAGAACUAACACAGUCCAAAUACUUUCAUUUACUGAAGUGACUGUUAGUUCAAGCACUUACAAUAAGAAAUGGGAAACAAAUUAAGAAGAAGAAAUAAUGUCUUGUGAGAUAGUGAAGGGCAGAUCUGUAAGGCUUUGAAAGGACUAGAAUUUUAUGGUCACAGAAGCUUUUCCUCUGGCACAAGGGAUGUUUGUGCUCUGCUAUGUUUUAAUUAGUAUGGGAGUAUUCAGCAAUGCUUCAAGUGAAUUAGCUUAGACUGUGUUGACAUUUUGUUCCACUGUCUGCUCAGACCAAUACAUCUCAUGAACAGCAGCGUGUAACAUUUGCAAGUCUUGCUGUAAUUACACAUAAGGAAAUAGAAGUAAUUUCAUUGAGAAAAUUGUGCCAUUUUGCCAUUUAUCUCUUCAGUUUAUCUUGGCUAGCAAGAAUGAUUUUGAAAUACACAGUUAUGAUCAGAUUUUAUUUUUAAAGGUAUGCCAAAAAGAGCCCUUACAGGGCAAGCUGUAACGUACAAUGGAAAGCAGGUUUUGGAUUUCCUCUUACGGGAGUCAGAAAUUUUCCCUUAUCAGCAUGGCUUGACCAUUAAGUAAGCUCUAGGUCUUUCAGGAGAAUUCUGCUCAUGCUGUUUUUUAUUGAGUCACUCUCAACUUUUUAUCCUCUGAUUCCCAUAUAACUAUAUGUUCAUAACAAAAAUGCUAAAAGCACAUUCCAUUAAUUACAUGACUAGUUUGACCAGCACCUUGAUUACUGCAUCUUCAAAAUAGGUGAAAAAUGGCCCCACACCAUCCUAUUGCUUAUAAGGAAAUAAAGAUCUAUUAAGUCAUUUGAUUAGUCCUAUGUCAUUCUGACAUACCAGCUCAAAAGGUUAGAAUCUAUAGGUAUGGUACAUCUUUUCCAUAUAUUACUAUCUUCUUCACUUACCUGCCAAGUUUUUGAUUUGUAAGACUUUGCUAUCAUGCUCAAUAUAUAGCAAGUUAUAAUUAAAUACAGUCAUAUACUUAUGGCUUGCUAAGGCUAGAGUGAUGUAGCUGCAGCUCUCUGCUAUUAUAAGAAGCCAUUCAUCUUACAGAACUAAUGAUUCUCACACCUACCAGUUAAUCAGCAUUCGCAGGGCAUCAACCAUUAUUCAUCAUAUAAAAUUGGGUUUGUGUAGUCCAAGGUUGCAGAAAGUAGUUUAAUUUUUCAGGUCUCAAACACAGCAUAAUAAAGAUUUUGAAUGAAUGGCAGAAAAAGCUGUUGAUAAAAGAAGCUGUAACAUAUGUUGACUCUUCUAAAUGUAAUUAACUCUACAGCUGAUAGACAUUUUCAAAAUAAAAAAAGGCGUACCAGAUUGAAGUGGAGCAUACAUCACUUUAGUACUAGAAUUAAAGAUUUCUUUGAAAAUUAGGUAUAUUUCAGAGGUACAUAGCCAUGUGUUUUCAGUGAUGAACUGUUUAAUCAUAUACAUUCAGCUUCCUUGUUUCCACUGCAAGAUAACUCCUCUUGAAAAAGGAGCCAUCUUGAUUUAGAGGAAGACAUCGUUGUCAAGAAGAAUCAGAAAAUUUUCAGUCAUGUGUGCAACCGUAUUCUUUCUUAAAUCAGAGCUAAAAUGAUCAGGUAGAAAUUCAGCAUGGUCUAGGAGGCUGUAUCUUAGAAAUGGGAACAAGUCCUUCAGCUACCUUCCCGGCAAUAUCUUGUUUCUGUCAGAUAAAUGCUCCUAUUUGAGAAUAUAUACAACAAAAAGCUGGGAGCCACUGACUGUUAGAAAUGUCUCUCUCAAGGUGGUGUAGUUUCCCACUGUUCAUGAUUCAAGACCAGUCUAAUCCACCUUUGCAGCUGUAUUAUUUCCUAUGUUAAGAGGAAUAAGAAAGGAAUCAGGAACCUGGUUACAAUUUCUAGACUAGUGAUCACAUAGAUGAGUUGAAUUUAGCAAGUCCCUUCACUUCUGUGGCAUGCAGAAAGGCAUGCAGCCCUUCCAUUGCAAAGCCCUGCUGUCUAUGCAUUGGAGAGUGUUAAGGGACAGCUAGACAAUGUUUAUCAAGAAAGAAACAGAUGUUUACAUACCAACAGUACUCCAGGCAAAUGGACCAAAAGAGACAUUUUCAGCAGAGCUCAGCUCCCAGUAGAUAACAUCGCAACCAGAAAAAUGAUGUCUACUGGAUGUACACAGUCCAGAGUUCCCUUACAGACCUUGUAAGGGAAUGUGCCAGACACAUCCUUAGGAAAGGAAAUCACUGCAAAUGGUUCUGGGUUGUCUGAGUGUUUAACUGAAACACUUUCAACCACACCACCACUGCAACCAAUUUAUCCAUUUCUACAAACCCACUUCUUAUUGGAGCAGAAGCAACUGCCAACCAUAUAUAGCCAGGUGGAAAGGGGUAGAGGUCCCCAGAAUGGCUAUGCUAUCUGGGAGUGAAUUGUAACAUGAAUCUCUUUUCUUGCAUUCUUCCUAGAAAGCAGAGAACACUCCAUGACAAUGAAGCCUUGAGACUGUGCCCAGUCACAUAGUAGCACUGAGAUAAUUCACAGACACCCAAGGCUAAUUCAUGUUAGAAUAGCAAAGAACUCAUCUAAAAUUGUAAGUCACCAGUCAGAGGAAUUGGAAACAAAACUAUUAGUGAGAUAAGGAGACAGUGUCAAGUGACCCAGGCAAAGAGAUUAGGAGGUGAUAGUCCUCCCUACUGCAGAACAUAAUGCAGCUGGGUCUAAGACACUUGUUACAAAGAGGCCCCAAGGGACAAAUUAAAAGUGAAAUAACAGCCCUCAUUGUGAAGCACCUUGCUUUUCAAACAUAAGUUAUUUUCAUGCUAUUUACAUUGGCACUGCUUUGGGAACAGACAGUAACAGCCUUUGCUUUUUAAUAGCUUUGAAAAUGCUUUAUAGAGAUUAGCUCUCAUAAUGAAGUUAUUUCCCAUUUCUAAUUUUUGAGGGAUCAGUUUCCUUGUUUUGCUUUGAAUAGAGGCUCAGAAGUCCUGUAGGGACAUUGCCUGUGUCCUGGACCUUGCGGACGCAUUUUCUUUUUACCCUCCUUCUUAGUAUGAGUCUAUCUACCUUCUUGCUGUUUUGUGGACAAAAAAUGUAUUUAUCUGACUCUUCUCUUUUAUUAGUGUUUUUAGCUUGUGGUAACACAUGAAAUUAAAGUCCAGUCUCCACCACCUCUAUAUUAAAUCACAUCCAUAGUAUUUCCUUUCAUUAUUUUAUGAAGCCUAACUUCAUGUCUAGGAGACCAUUAGAGCAAGUAAGAGUGGUCACAAACUCAUAAAACCGAGAUGUUUUCCAAACUAAUACAAACUGAGAUGCUUCAAGAAGCUGUGCUGUGGAAAGGUAAAUUAGCCACAUGAUAAUGAGUCUGGGCAAGUGAAGGCAUGUGGUUUGUUCAAUUAGAGGCUUUUCUCUUGUUAAGGGCAGUAGGGAGAAUUCUGCAAUACACUGUACAGAACAGAGUAGGUGGACGAAACGUCAAAAGUUGGGUUGGUAAAAUUUGAGGAUAAAGAAAUACAAUGUAGUUACUAAGAAAGUGAAGUCAUAGGUAACCCUGGAACAAGUUGUUUUGACUCUGGCCACCAAGACUCAGUCAUCUUCUUGUGAACCUGAGUUCUCCCGGCUGCCAGGCAGCCUCCUGUCCGUGAAGACAAAGACUGGUGCUCUGCGUUCAGCAGUUCAAGGGGAUAGAAUACUUUAUGAUAAUAUUAUAAUAGAAGCUUAUUCUGUGCUGUGUCCUAUAAAACAUGUUGCUGGAAAGACCAAGCAAUGCUACUACAUCCACUUUUUACAACUUUGUCUUGGUCUACUAGCUAUUCUCCUAUUUCUCUCUUCAUAUGGUGCUGCUGGAUUCUGCUGUUAUGAGUGUACAGUUAAGAAGUAAUAUAAGUACCAUAUUUAUUAUUCCAAGAAGUUUUUAAUAAUUAUUAACAGUUUUGAAAAUAAGUCGUGUCUGCUUAGCUGAACAAGAUGUAACAGAGCUAACAUUUUGUACUCCUAACAGAUUUUGCAAAUAAUGUGGUGUAUAUUUAUUUCACAUAGAACACUGGGUUCCUAUUUAAAGCCCUAUAACAAAAAGUGGACCAACUAUGUGUGAAUAUUUAGUUUCUGGCCUUCUAUCUCAGUAGUAAAAGCAUGUAUGAUGUAUGGUAUUAAUUUAAACAAAUAAAUAU